GCCGAGUUCUUGGCUAGUAAUAAACAACUGGUCUUUCUACAGGAGAUGUAUGGACAGGACAACUUUAACCAUUGUAUGAUUUGUACAUAUGAGACUACAUGAAGAUCAUCACAGCCUCUCAAGUAGCUAUGAUUUGGUGGCAAGGAAGUCAGUACUCGCCAGUCCAGGGGCUUUAGAGUUGCGGGCAAACCAGCCCGCCCAGACCAGUGAAUCGGUAGGCCCUUGAGGUUCAAUUCAAGGGCAACAUUUGUAAGAAAAACUGUCUGCAUCCGAUAUUCAAAAUCAAAGUUCUUCACAUAAAUAUUCUUUCCCAAGGAACAGUAUUAAAUAGUUUUUUCUUCAGUUAUGUUCGACGGGAGACAUGGAGACUUGCUACUUCACAACCUCAGCAUUAUCGUUUUCCCGCUCCGCUCAGCUCGCCUAACCCAACUAGUCCCACCUGCGGAUUUGGCUACGUCGCGACUUCAAGAUCACAGCCAGAACCCCAAAUCCGCCCUUGCCCCCUGCAAUUCAUGAAGCUGAGGAGCUACCCCCUCUCACCAUGAGUUACAGCAAGAAAGACGAAGAUGCCGACACGGCUAUCAUGAGGGUAGACAGAACCUCAGUUUUCCAGGAAGCACGAUUGUUCAAUUCGUCCCCCAUUCAACCUCGGAAAUGUCGAGUCCUCCUCACCAAAAUCGCCCUCCUCCUGUACACUGGCGAACGAUUCCCUACCAAUGAAGCUACCACCCUCUUCUUCGGCAUCUCCAAGCUGUUCCAGAACAAAGAUGCCAGCUUACGGCAGAUGGUCCACCUUAUCAUUAAGGAGCUGGCGCAUUCCGCAGAAGAUAUUAUUAUGGUCACAAGCACUAUUAUGAAAGAUACUGGUGGUGGAACAGAUGCGAUUUACAGACCAAAUGCUAUUCGGGCGCUCUGCCGGAUUAUUGAUGCAUCGACCGUACAGAGUAUCGAGCGUGUGAUGAAGACUGCGAUCGUCGACAAGAACCCUUCCGUAUCAUCUGCUGCCCUUGUUUCGUCGUAUCACCUCCUCCCAAUCGCCCGCGAUGUUGUUCGAAGAUGGCAGAGCGAAACACAAGAAGCUGCGUCUUCUACAAAGUCAUCUGGCGGAUUCUCUCUGGGAUUUUCUACAUCGUCGAGCCAAAUGCCGGUCAAUAACUCUACUAUGACACAAUAUCACGCCAUUGGACUUUUAUACCAGAUGAGAAUGCAUGACAGGAUGGCUCUGGUCAAGAUGGUCCAGCAAUUCGGGACUGCAGGCGCGGUGAAGAGCCCAGCAGCGACCGUCAUGCUGGUACGAUUAGCCGCACAGCUGGCAGAGGAGGAUCCACAACUCCGCAAACCCAUGAUCCAGCUCUUGGACGGCUGGCUCCGACAUAAGAGCGAGAUGGUCAACUUUGAGGCUGCGAAGGCAAUCUGCGAUAUGCGAGAUGUCACAGAUGCGGAAGUUACCCAGGCUAUCCACGUUCUUCAGCUUUUCCUCACUUCACCACGAGCUGUCACCAAAUUCGCGGCUAUCAGAAUUCUACAUAACUUCGCAUCUUUCAAACCUCAAGCAGUUCACCCCUGCAACCCAGACAUCGAACUCCUCAUUUCCAACACUAACCGCUCGAUCGCCACGUUCGCCAUCACAACUCUUCUCAAGACUGGUAACGAAGCCAGUGUGGAUCGCUUGAUGAAGCAAAUUUCGGGCUUCAUGGCUGAUAUCACGGACGAGUUCAAGAUCACAAUCGUUGAGGCUAUCCGGACACUGUGCUUGAAGUUCCCCAACAAGCAAGCUGGUAUGCUUGCGUUCCUUAGUGGCAUACUAAGGGAUGAGGGAGGAUAUGAAUUUAAGAGGGCAGUUGUGGAGAGCAUGUUCGAUUUGAUCAAGUUCGUUCCGGAUUCAAAAGAGGACGCGCUUGCACACCUGUGCGAAUUUAUCGAAGAUUGCGAGUUCACGAAACUGGCUGUGCGAAUUCUGCAUUUGCUUGGAUUAGAGGGACCCAAAACUUCUCAGCCCACCAAGUACAUCCGAUACAUCUACAACAGAGUGGUGCUGGAGAAUGCAAUCGUGCGAGCAGCUGCAGUCACCGCAUUGGCGAAGUUCGGCGUCGGACAGCAGGAUCCCGAGGUUAAGCGAAGUGUCACUGUCCUCCUGACGAGAUGUUUGGACGAUGUUGACGACGAAGUUCGUGAUCGUGCUGCCCUGAACUUGCGACUCAUGACCGAGCCUGAUGAGAUGGCUGAUCGAUUCAUCAAGAAUGAAAACACAUUUGCUCUUCCAUACUUCGAGCACCAGCUUGUCAUGUACGUUACUGCAGAUGACAAAUCAACUUUUGACAAUCCAUUCGACAUUGCUGCUAUUCCAGUUGUCACGAAGGAGCAAGCAGAUGCCGAGGAUAGAACGAAGAAACUUACCACCAUCACCCCAACCAUCAAGGCGCCAAAGACUGGCCCAACCAAGUCCACGCCAACAGGAACGGAGGCAGCAGCAACUGCUUCUGCGACAGCCCAAAAAUACCAACAAGCACUUCUCCAAAUCCCAGAGAUGAAGUCAUAUGGCAGCCUCUUGAAGUCGUCACCUGUUGUUGAAUUGACUGAAUCAGAGACCGAAUACGUCGUUAGCGUCGUGAAGCACAUUUUCAAGGAGCAUAUCGUACUCCAGUAUGAUGUCAAGAACACGCUUCCAGAUACCGUUCUUGAGAACGUCUCCGUUCUCGCCACGCCAACUGACGAAGAGGAACUGGAAGAGGAUUUCAUCAUUCCAGCGGCUAAGCUCGUCACUGAUGAGCCUGGUCCAGUUUACGUUUCCUUCAAAAAGGUUGGUGGUGAGGGUGCUUUCUCCGCAAGCAGCUUUACGAAUGUGUUGAAGUUCACUACAAAGGAGAUUGACCCAACGACUGGUGAGCCUGAAGAGAGUGGUUACGAUGAUGAGUAUCAAGUUGAAGAUCUUGAGCUCAGUGGAAGUGAUUACGUUGUGCCAGCCUUUGCCGGUAACUUCAAUCACAUCUGGGAGCAAGUUGGUGCUGCGGGUGAGGAGGCUGAGGAGACCCUUCAACUUGAGGGCGUCAAGAGCAUUGCGGGUAAGCUGUCUUGUGCAGGGUCUGGGAAUUAAAUGCUAAUGGUACUAGAUGCAACUGAACAACUCGCCAAGACCCUCUCAUUACAGCCUCUCGAGGGUACCGACGUACCCAUCAACACCACAACCCACACCCUCAAACUCUUUGGCAAAACAGUCACAGGAGGCAGAGUCGUUGCCAACAUUCGGAUGGCUUACUCCACCAAGUCCGGCGUCACAAGUAAGAUCGUUGUCCGCAGUGAAGAGGAAGGUGUGGCAGCUCUUGUUAUUGGGUCGGUGGCGUAGGUAUGUGAGAAGGAUGGCUAGCGAAAUAAAUGGAGUUGAUCAAGCAUUUGGUACAUGAUUUUUGCGAUUGAUGUCUAGAUAAUUGUUUCGAGGAAAAGCCAAAAUCGGCGGGAAGCUUUUGGUUCUCGACAUGGAGUCACGAAGGUUAGAAAUAAACCGACCAAAUCAAAAUUUCAGUCCUCGCUCCUAGGUUGUGGUAGUUCCCAGCUUUUUGCUUUCAGGUUUGUUGCUGCAUGCAAACCGACUGUGGGUCAUUUUGAGUUCUGCCCGUUCAUGGGUGUCAGAUUCGACAGCCCGGUAUCCAAAGUAAUUUCUAUAUCUUCUAGGGUAGGAGUCACGAAUCAGCAUCAAGCAAUUUAGCAAUAUAGCCCCCGACAGUGUUCAGAUCCCUUGUUGAAUAUUCUCUUCCAUGGACGAGGUUGGAAAUGCGGCAUCUUAAAUUUUCAUCAGUUCCUUUCGCACAUUCGUUCCGUUGUUUGGACUUGUGUUUUUCAGCCACAGAAAUGCCUGCUACGCAUGCACUGCAGAUUC